AUGGGUGAUCAUAUUGCUAGGGCGGAGGAAUUCGAAAAGAAAGCAGAGAAGAAACUGAGUAGCUGGGGAUUUUUCGGUUCCAAACAUGAAGACGCCGCAGAACUCUUCGAUAAAUCUGCCAAUUCUUACAAGCUCGGCAAAUCCUGGGACAAAGCCGGAGCAACUUAUGUCAAGUUGGCAAACUGUCAUUUGAAGUCUGACAGCAAACAUGAAGCAGCCACAGCUUAUGUUGAUGCUGCACAUUGCUACAAGAAAUCAUCUGUAAAUGAGGCCAUUUCUUGCUUAGAGCAGGCUGUAAAUUUACUGUGUGAUAUUGGAAGGCUUAAUAUGGCUGCAAGGUAUUAUAAGGAAAUUGCCGAACUAUAUGAAUCUGAACAAAACAUUGAGAAGGCUAUUGAGUUCUUUGAAAGGGCAGCUGAUUUCUUCCAAAAUGAAGAAGUAACAACUUCGGCCAAUCAGUGCAAGCAGAAAGUUGCUCAAUUUGCUGCUCAGAUUGAACAGUAUCCCAAGUCUAUUGAAAUCUAUGAAGAAAUUGCUCGGCACUCACUCAACAAUAACUUGCUCAAGUAUGGAGUUAAAGGGCAUCUUCUCAAUGCUGGAAUAUGCCAACUUUGUAAAGGAGAUUCUGUUGCAAUCACCAAUGCAUUAGAGCGAUAUCAGGAAUUAGAUCCUACUUUUUCAGGAACAAGGGAAUACAGGUUCUUAGCGGAUAUUGCAGCAUCGGUUGAUGAGGAAGACGUUGCCAAGUUCACUGAUGUGGUUAAGGAAUUUGAUAGUAUGACCCCACUGGAUUCAUGGAAGACAACCUUACUGCUGAGAGUGAAGGAAAAGCUGAAAUCCAAGGAACUGGAGGAGGAUGAUCUUACCUAA